AUGGCUUUUAAAUUGAAUGCUGAAAAUGGGUAUCAGAAUCCGUCAGCCUUGGACUCAACCUGCUGUGACCUGAAAUCUUUGCAAAUGCUGACAAAUAUAAGAGAACCUAGGGUAUGUAUUUUGAUCGACAUUUGAAUACGGACAAGAGACACGAAAGACGGAACUCAGCGUUAUUCAAAAUACCGUAACAUUUAUGCAAGAUGUCAGUUUUUAUAUUUCUCCCAUAAAAUGUACCUCAACGUUUGUAUUCUUGCUGUCAGCCAUUGUUGGUUAGCGGUUUUCUAACUGGGAGAAUGACGUUAUAGCUGGUAUCGUACGAACCCUAUCUUGUCGGUUUUUCUAUCGUAUACACCGUCACAGAUCAGUUCUUUGAAUUACAGUAUAUGUACCAACUCUUAUUAACCUCAGUAUUUACCGCUAUAUUGGCCUUACUUCCACACUUCCGUGUAUGCUAUGACAUUUUAGGUUUCCAAUUUUCGUGUGCUUUUAAGUCUUGUCAUCUCACUAACCCGUUUAAUUGAUUUCUAGUUUCACGCCUGUUUAGCUCAAGCUUACGACCUGAACUGUUAAAUGUGUCUCUCCUACUGUAUCAUUUAACCAAUGCGUUUCCUAGUGAAAGAGGAAUUGACAUCCCUCACAACUCAAAUUUGCUUUUACAGACAGACAGAGCAUGUUACAAGUAGCGACAAGCGAUUGAGGCUUUUAUGGUUUAUGAGAAAUUUCAGUUUUGAUAUGAUCUGUAGAGCUCAGCUCGCUGUCGUGGUUCUUGAACUGCUUGUAAAGCACUUUGCUGUCCCUGGCAGAUUCAAUCUUGUCUAUGCGAAACAUAAAUUAUCCCGCUUUGCCGGCUCAGGAAAAAGUCCAGGAUUUGAAAAGUUUUAAAGGAACGUCACAUAAAUCUAGAGGAGGUUGUAUUUUGCGCCCCACUUUAGAAAGCAGAUGUGCUUGUGUCCGAUCUCAAGGAGAUAUGUCGGGCAAAAACAUUAAAACCCGGGUAAUGAGGACUUUUGAAUGCACAAAUAUAGCACUUCGGAGUGAAUCUCGUCUGUUCAUUGUUUAUUCUCGUGAUUUUUAAAGCUAAACAACAACGAUAAAGCCAAUCAUGCAUCUUUUGGUUUCAUUUUCACGAAGAGCGCUGGGGAACCUGUGUAAUUAGGAAAUCGAAUUUUCGAACAUGUAAAUUUGGGCUGUUUUAAAUAAUCCUUUUGUUACAUGUUACUGAGCAUAAAGAAGGUAGAAGUUAGUACACAUGUAACUUAUUUUACGCCUUCUCGUCUACAUGAUGAACAGAAAUCACGCCUCCAACAAAUUGUUUGGUAGCUAAAAGGUUUUUUUCCCAAGGAUUUACACUUCAUUUCAGGCCAAAGAGUGUUAAAAACCAAAAUUGCGGAAAACCGCAAAAUUCACUUAAAAUAGACCACUAAUCAACUGAACAGCACCAAGUGAAAGUCUCUCACUUCUAUAGCUACAUCAUAGGAUUUCGAUAAAGGACUUUUAAAAAAUGUGGACCUACAUUUCUCAUUUGUUCCCGGAAUCACGGACUACAAGAUUGGAUCUUUAGAUGAUGAUGGACUUAGAGGGGAGAAGGGAAAAGUUAUUCCUUUGUUUUUGACGAUCUUAUGUAAAUGUAUUUUUUUGUUUUCCAGUGGAAGAUACACGGAGUUAUAAGAUUCCUCGCUGCUGAUGGCCUAAGGCACGAAAAAAAGAAAGUCCCUUGUCGUGUAUUCUACUUAUAAAUAUCCCCAAUUCGAGCAAUUUAUGAAAAUAGUAACUUCGGAGGGAUCUCAGUUAUUCAAAACCGACAAGAAAUUACUAGAAAUAUGUGUCUCAGUCGCAAAACCUCAAGAAAAUCGGUGAGCAUGAAGCAGUUUCUAUAUUGAGACCUUUCUUUAUGUGACUGUUUAUUUCAUGGGUCAGAAACUAUAUUAAAACAAACUAACUUCGAGGAGACAAGCAGACCUCUUUUCAACACAUCUUAAAUGUAUCAGAGGUCAGUGUUGUUGGCGACUAUCGCUGCAUAGCCUAAUUUGUUUGGUAUGUUAUAUUAUUCAGUGAUCUUUGUAUUCUAAUGCAGUUUCUCACAACUUUCGUAAGUGAAGCGUCCAUGCUUAUUAAAUGCCUUUAGACAAGCCUGGACAAGCCUUAUAAGGCUUAAUCCUCCAAAUUUCCAUUUUGCUACCGGCUUUCUAGCGUAUAAACGUGCAACGAAUUUAUUUCAAUUGGUUUGAAGUCUCAAAAAUGAAAUGAAAUGAUGUCUGAGAUUUUCAGUUUUGGGUUGAGGUUUUGCUUCGUUGACAAAUCUGUAGAAACAGGAAGCUAAGAGAACAGAAACUGAAUUUAACAACCUUUAAAUGUCAAGAGCACUUGACAAUCACAUGGAGGAAAACAAAACGAUAGCAACAAAAUGUCUUGCAUUUAAUCCCAAAAAUAAAAACGUGAGUGCCACCGCCGAACGGAUGUUGGCUGGGUUAUCAUUACGCAAAAAGGAAGACCGGUUUUAGAUCGUAAUCUAAUUAGUUAAAGUGAUUCCUACUGAUCCUCCCUACAUAUAAUAGAUGUAUUUAAUUCGAUAAAUCAUUUUCUCGGAUAAUUUUCUCUGUUCUUUUGAGAGCAUCCAGUUAUCAAAUUGUAGAUAAAGAGAAUUAACCUGAAUUUUUUUAACAACCCAGCCCAGGUGGCAAUCACCAUGUAAUGGAUCUUCAAAUCAACCUUUAGCCUGAGAAAACAGCCGUCAUUUGGCAACGCCACAAACGGUUUCACCGCGAAAGGACGUCGAGGCGAAACCAGUAGUGCCGUCGAGAAAUAUCAGCUGUUUUCUUAGGCUAGUCAAUCUUUUUAAGUUUGCUGGCAAAAUUCCUUUAAAUGGCCAAUGUCAGAACGUUCGUUAGGGUCAGUUAAACCAUUUAAUUCUGAAUCGCAGGACAUUUUGAGACUAAAGAAUGAAAGAAUUUUAGGUCCAUCAACUCGUUCCCAGUCUCUAGGGCAUUUCCGCGAGCAAAAACACGGUUGGGUCUAUGAACUCGUUCCCAGCCUCUAGGACAUUUCCGCGAGCAAAAGUACAGUAUUUCGAAGGCCAAAAUUGAAGAUAUUUAUUUUGGAAACACAUUUUUAAAUAUAUGAGGCUAGUUCAGUUUAAAAGUUGAGUAGCAAUUGUCUGCAGAUAAAACACUAUUCAGUGUUUUCGAAACAAAUUAUACUAUCCAGUGAAUAAAUCCACAAAACUGGCAUUAAAGUCAGUGAUAAUACUCAUCAAAGGACCAAAGAGUGAACACUAAACCUUCGCGACGUACUGAAUACAUUGACGUUUAUCAUUCUGAUUUUUGAUCGCUGAAUUGCUACAUUCCUCUCCACAGAUGCCAAUACCUUCCCAAAAAUGCAUUCACUCAAUAGUACAGUAACCGCAGUGAGAGGCUCCGACGUUACAUUGGUUUGCAAAGGAAGUAAUGUACAACCACUCGAUACCGAUUUUAUGUGGAAGUUUAACAACGAGACAGUAGAGAAUAAAGAAAACAGGAAUAUCAAACUAAUCUGGCUUCCAAAAAGACAGGCAAAGUAUUCUCUAGAUAUCUUAAAUGUAUCAGAGAAAGAUGCCGGUGACUAUCGUUGCAUUGCCCAAGUUAGUAACUUUGGAAUACACGACAAAGCCGAAGCUUCUAUAAAGCUGCGUUUAUAUGAAAGCAGUAAGUAUAACUUUUUUACCUUCGCUAGAUUUAUAAGUAAGAGCAAAUUUUGUGUAAAUGUAAAGUGUAUUAGUUCUUUGUUUUUGGUAGAAGAGCAACCUCUUGAGACCAGACUAUGUUUAAAGUGGUCGUUUGGAAGAGUUUGAAGACAGUCUUUUAAAAUAAACGUUAUCCAAAGAGAGGCCGAUGAAUGUUCAGUUAAGACUUGACCGGGAUCAGAAACAUAAAACCGCGCAUUAAAGUAUCUGAUACCCAGGUGGGCCCAGUUGUUCAAAGGCAUACUAGCACUUAACCUAGGGUUAAAUUUAACCCGGGUUUCUUUUUCUUUGGGGUUCAAAAGCAUUUUCUCUGAUAAUUUUCUCUGUUAUUUUUAAGAGCAUUCAAUCAUCAACUUGUUGACAAAAAGAAUUUAACUAAAUUUACUUUUUAAGCUUUCAUAUCUGAAUUCAAAUUUUGCACUAACCCUGCGUUAUCUUAACCCAGCUUUGAAAAACCCGGCCCAAGGUAAUAACGUUCAAAAUCCUCUUUGUUCAUUCAGUGAAGUUGUUAGAGAGCUCUACCCCUCCCCUAAGCUACCAUUAAUACUUCCUUCUCACUUAGAGCAAAAUUAUGGCUUAGGGGAGGGGUAGGUGGGCAGUUUCUCAGAAACCUAAAUUCUUCCUACUUUCUUACAGUACUGAACCUCACAGCAUCGCCACCAAAUGUCAUCAUUGAAGAAGGGCGCACUGUGCCACUGCAAUGUGAAGUCAUGUGCUCAAAAACAAUGGACGUUUGGACUUUCUGGCUUUUCAACGGCAAAAUGAUUGAAGCUAGACCAUUUCAUACAGGAAACGAGCAUGAUUUAAGUAACACAGUCACAAACAUCUCAACGUUCUUACUAAAGAAUGCCAUGCUAUCACAGACUGGCGUAUACACGUGCGGUGCUAAUUCAACUGGCGUUAUGAAAACACAGAAUAUAACCGUGACAGUGAAAGACUUGGAAGGUCCAACUCUAGUGCAAACCAAAUCGAACAUAGACGCUGUUGAAGGCGAAAAUAUAAUGCUAAGUUGCAAUGCAGUGUACCCGGAAGCGUUUUUUGUCGACACGUUUUGGAUUUUCAACGGCAGCCGGAUAAACAGUAACGACAAGUAUAAAGAAAAAAACAUUUCCCCUUGGGUGGAACAAUCAGAACGGAGCGUAAAGAGAAUGAAGAUUGGAUUGACUAUUUAUAACGUUGGACUGAACGACAGUGGCGAGUAUAUGUGUGCUCUUAACACCUCACUUGGCUUACACCUGAAAAACGUUAGUGUUAACGUCACGCGGAAACCAGGCCCCCAACCAGGUUUCCGUAUUCAGCAACCUACUGAAAAGCCCCAGGGGAAAGCAGAUUUGCUUGGAACUACACUGUUCAUUGGUCUGGGUCUCUUUGUUGGAUUGGUGACGACCAUAAUAGUUUCUAUGAAGCUAUGGAGAUGGCCAAAACCCAGGCCUCCAAAAUCAAGUAAGUCAAUGAUGAAAUACAUCAGGGCCGAGUUGUUCAAAGCUGGGUUAAGAUGACCCAGGGUUAGUGCGAGAUUUGAAUCAAGAUUUGAAAGCUUAAAAAGUAUUUCAGUUAUAAUUCUUUUUGUCUACAAGUUGAUGAUUGGAAGCUCUUAAAAUAACAGAGAAGAUUAUCCGACAAAAUGCUUUUGAACACAAGAAAAAGAAACCAGGGUUAAAUUUAACCCCGGGUUGAAAGCUAAUCGGCCUUCGAACAACUGGGCCCAGAUGUUACAUGAUGCGUUCCAUUUUUGUGCCCAUCUGGGUCUCAACCUAUUACCUGCAGUUGAACAUUCCAGUGCCUUACAGGCCAGAGAGGGUUGUGCACAUUGAAUGUUUGGGUAAAUCCCGGGUCCCUCGGCAGCGUUCAAACUUGGUGCCAGGGUGUGGUGCUUGAGAGCGGUACUCGCUGGGCACUAAUGUGGACACACCCUUUGUUAAGUACCCAGGUUCGAAUUCGGGCAUGCUGCCGAUGCCUACGGUGGCCUGUAAGGGACAUGACAUUUGUUUUUAUGGCUAAGUUAUCGCGCGAUAAUAGGUUAGCUUAUCGCGGGACAAAUUACAACAUAUCAAAUGAUAAAGAGAAGCCUGACCUCACGCUUUCCACCCACGUGUUUACAGCCUUUAAUUCUCAGAGUUUAGCUUUUACGAGUAUAUGUUUCAGAGACCUUCCUCGUUUGUACGAUAUAAUUGGAGGUUCUUUGUAGAUCUGUCUAAGAAGAGGUUGGUUCUCUAUCAGUAGCCAGGUUUCAUAAGAAUGUUUGUAAGGCUAGGAAAUGAUGGUUGAUAUUGCGUGACAAAGGGCAAAAUGGUUUUUCUUCUUGAAGGUUUUUGUUGGAGUGAUUCUUUUCUAUUUUCAAAGGGUAUUUCAGAGAGAGCUAGAGUUAUUAAAUUCUGUGGAUAUCGCGCGGUAAACUGACUUAUUAUCGCGCGAUAACUCCAACCUCGUUCCCAGGGUUCUCUCCUACCCCCCCACGUGGCGAUAACUGUUCAUUUUAUCGCGCGAUGGUUUUAACUUAGCAAAACAAAAAAAAAUGUCAUGUCCCUUACGGGCCACCGUAGAUGCCACAGUACAAGAUUGAGUCUUUUUACUCGGGCGCUGUGCACAUUGUCUUUUUUUUAGCUCCUGGGCAAUCAAUUCUUUAUUCUCCCUGUUAAGCUCACAUUUCAAAAUGGCGUCUGACAGGGAGAUAUGGAGUAUAUAUGUAGAGAUUUACAUAUCAGUUAAUCAAGGGUGAACACAACACCAGUUUGUGCCGGUACCCAGGAACUUGUUCAGGAGCACCAAGCGUUAAGCUUUUACAAGAGGGAAUGGUGUGGCCUUUACGACACCUCAGCUGUCCUUUUUACAACCUUUCUGUAGAAGAAAAACCCCUUCAGAGUGAGCGCUGGCCAGCGUCUUUUCUCCUUGUUCUAAUAAUCAUCAUUUGUUUUUCCCUGCCUCCUAGUUAAAUCUCCCCCAGAUCUGGACGCCAAAGACGUCGAGUAUGAUGUAUUCCUCUCAUACUGCAAAAAAGAUUUCCCCUGGGUGGACAGAGAGCUGUUACCACUAUUUAAUCAUAACCAAGUGAAAUAUUGCGUGGAUUUCCUACACUUUGAACUUGGAAAAGCGUUUGUAGAAAACAUAGUGGAAGGCAUCUGUAAGAGCCGCAAAUUUUUAGCAGUCUGGUCGGCCAAUUUCGCUUCUAGUAUAUACUGCAAUAAAGAACUGGACUUUGCUUUACACCGGAGUUUCCAAAAAAGUGACACUACAGUGAUUGUCAUUCGUAUCGAUUGGACUGACCCUACACGACUCCCCAAGUCUCUACAGACAAAAACAUUUUUGGAUUACGCUGACAGUGCAGAGAGAAAAGGAUGGGAGAAGAGACUCAUACAACAUUUAAAGCCUCCAAAGCAACCAAAGAAAAUGAUAGUCAGCAUAGUUUGA